UGCGCGGAAGCCCCGACUGACCUACGUAUUCGUGACAUCCCGUACGUGGUCAAUUUUUUUUUUUUUAUCGUUCUCUAAUAUCCACACACACCUCAACCCCUCACCCCGCCUCUAUCCCACACCCAAACAAAAAUCAUUCAUCAUCACCUGAUCCGGGCGACGUCGCAAGCAAUUGCAUCGCAACCCAGAUAGCCUUCCUCGCCUUUGCUCUUGCGAUUAGUGUGUGCGCAAGCCACUCUCUAGAUUUAAUUCUUUUCUACCCGGUCGACGAGGACGUUAUUGCAAUCGUCUCCCACGACAAAGGUUUCCAGACCUGAACUGACAGUUAUCUGAUCCGCUGUUCAGAAUCUACCUUUGCUCGACGUCGACUUUUAUUUAUCCGUCGAGAAACACAAGAAGUCAAAUCGCAUCUGCUGUCAAACACCGGCGCAGUUGUCGACUACGAAUAGAAGAACAUUUUCCUUUCGCUGCCAAGUUGUGAACCCAAGACCUCGCCACAAAGAUUUUUACUCGAGUGCCUUUUGCGUGUAUCGCCGCCGGCACCGAGAUCCCGUCGACCGAGACAUUCACUUGACCUCGGUCUGUCUGUUCGCCUGAAUCGCGACGAAGAGGACGUCGAUUGAGACACAUCAUCGCCUCUGACGCAUCUCUGGGCAGACAACUGUUGGGGAGACAUUAGCUUGUUCAUCUCCGACGUCUGGAUCUACUCAAACGGCCGAUUGCUUCCAUCGCCAACAUGGAAGGUAUUCAAACGCACCCAUCGAAUGCGGCACAAGCCAAGGCCUUCACCGCGCCUGGAUCUCUUUCCUUCCCCGGAGGUCACGGAGAACUUGCUCCUCCGAAUGAUGCCAACGGUCAGCGACCAGCUGCCAAUGGCGCUCCGCUGGGGUCUCAAGCCGCACAUGGCACUGGGGUGACUCCCGCGACUCCAGCAGCAACGCCUGCCGCAACCCAGACCGGAAGUGGAUUGACCCCGACGUUACAAAACAUUGUGGCCACCGUGAAUUUGGACUGCCGGCUGGACUUGAAGACCAUUGCUCUUCACGCCCGGAACGCGGAGUACAACCCUAAGCGUUUCGCUGCUGUUAUCAUGCGUAUCCGUGAGCCGAAGACCACGGCUUUGAUCUUUGCCUCCGGCAAGAUGGUCGUCACCGGUGCCAAGUCUGAAGACGAUUCGAAGCUUGCGUCUCGCAAGUACGCCCGUAUCAUCCAAAAGCUUGGGUUCAACGCCAAGUUCACCGACUUCAAGAUUCAGAACAUUGUGGGCUCUUGCGACAUCAAAUUUCCCAUUCGGUUGGAGGGUCUUGCCUCACGCCAUCACAACUUCAGUUCUUACGAGCCCGAGUUGUUCCCUGGUCUUAUUUACCGCAUGAUCAAGCCCAAGAUCGUACUCCUUAUCUUCGUCAGCGGCAAGAUUGUCCUCACUGGCGCCAAGGUGCGCGAGGAGAUUUACCAGGCCUUCGAGAUGAUCUACCCCGUGCUGCAAGACUUCCGCAAAGUCUGAACAGCUUACUUCUACUUUGAUGAAUUCACGAUAUCACAAUACCCCGUACUCGCAACUACCACAAAAAUAUCUGCAGGGCUGGGUGGUCGACUGGUACAACUAGUCACUACCCCCAGUGUCCUGCCUGUACCACCUUGUCGACAUUCUUCGCGUUUUGAUUUUCCUUUUUUUUUCAUGAGCAUUGCAUUGGCGUUCAGAGGGGAUGGCCUACAAGGAUGGCAUCACAUAUUUUAUUUCGGCGGACAAAAAAAAAUGAUUCUCACGGAUGGUUUUUCGCGACAACUCACCUUUUUUUAGAGUUUUGCUCCCCUCAAAGGGAGUUUGGCGGCAAGAUUGCGCAGGUUGUGAGAAUUGUCGUCUUUUAAUUUGCAGGCGACUGAUGACUAGGGGCCUGGGGGGAUCAACAAAGAUUGGAUGGAUGGAAGGCGUCGAUGGCGCUUGCUCUGGCUUGAGCAUUCUCUGACUUAGUGUCCUAAGCGCUUACUGUGCGCAACUCCUGGUUAACACUUGAGCUGCCUGGACACGGCGUAAUGGUGAUGGUACUACUUCACAAACGCUAAUGCCUUUUCGGUUGCGUGCGGUGAUGGUUAUUAUUACCAUUAAUUAGUCAGGUACCGGUGUCAACCACCCAGGUGGUUGAUUGCCAUGAAAAGUCGAAACACAUUUCGUCAGAAUAUGUUCCCGUCGCGUAGCGAUUAUAACUUUGACGUUUUUGUCGUCUUUGCCAUCUCCUUUUGGAAGUAGCGCCCAGCUUGACCAGCACGGCUGCCGUCCUCUGUGCAAACCUGUUCCCAACGAACGUUCUCAGGGAGAGCCUUAAAUGACCAUUUGUCCGCAAACUCGCUUGGGCGAUCAUAUGCGAUACAAUCGGCAAUACGUUCUCCCAGAACCGGUAGGAACUUGAAUCCAUGACCACUGCCACCAGUGGCGAGGAAAAGACCUUCCCACUCAGGAUGAUAGUCGAUGAUAAAAUCGCCCGACUUUGUGUCGGUGUACCAGCAUACGCGGGUCGAAGUAAAGGGCCGGUCGUGAAUCGCAGGGAUCGGGACCAUGUCUCUCAAGGCAGAACGCAAGGCUUCCUUGCUUUGUUGAGGAAUAUCUUGGAAAGCCUCCGUCACAUCACCUGGGGGCAAAGAGACAGUGUAAGGUGCAUCCAACGGCGUCCCGGAGCGCAAGGGUGUUGCGGUCGUGGUAGGGUUGAGAUAGCCGUAUUCGUGUCGUGCAACUUUGAGGACAUUGUUUGCUGGCGGGAUGAUGAAGAGCCCGGAAGCAAAGUUCAGGUAGACGGGCAUUUUAGCCAACGCGGCUUGCUCCUCGUCCGUGAUGUCCAAGUACGCGAGCACCUGGGCUGUCGCGGCUGCGCGGCCUGCAAGAUCUAUGAGACCACCAGUCCAAGCCCCUGUUGCAAGAACAACCAGAUCAGCCGAGAGCUGCCUACCAUCGGAGAGCUUGACUCCUGUAAUCUUUUUGCCGUCCCGGCUCAGACUGGCUGCAGUGCCUGACACGAACUUGACUCGCCCAGUCUCUUUAACUUUGCGCAAAAGCCACUGCAUCGAACGGUCUGCAUCAGCCCACCCAGAGUUGAGGUUUUGGUAACCCCAAACACCUGAGUUGACGUGACCAGUGCCAACUGCAUCCCGGAUAGCCUCGAUGUUGGGCAGGAGUUUGAGCUUUCCCUGAAGCGAUGGGUCCUUCUCUGCCAUAGCAUUGACGUUCUCCCAACUCUGCUUACAAUAAUAAGCGCCGUCCUUCUUGGCUGCAGUGCCGGAAGGAACAUUGUCAACGACCAAGACCAGGCCACUUUCGCUGUAUCUCCCUUGGCCGCCCAGAUCGUCAUCUCCUUGCUUUCGCCACUCAUGCUGAGCUUCCGCAGCUAGAGCAGCAUAGGCAGGAUCAGCAUAAUCAGCGCGGAUUAUGCGAGAAGUGUCAACGCUUGAGGCAUCUCGCGAUGGGAACAAAGCCUCAUCCACCGAGCGGUCCAGAACGGUUAUGGUAGUGUUGGAAAAAUCAUCGCGGCGGGCAAGAGCAUAUGCCGUCCCCAAGCCAAACACUCCCGAGCCAACAAUCAGGAUGGAUGAAGGGGGUUUAAAUUGGUGAUGAGAGGAAGAGGAUUUGCUUGACAUAGUGAAGAAAGGACGGAGGAUGCAAGGUCAAGCUUGGGGUUUCAAGGGCUUAAAAAGGAUAACUUUCUUAUUCAUGUGUGUGUGUGUGUGUGUGUGUGUCCCUUUGUGAUGGCCAGUUGGCUUAGCUCAGCGCAAUGAAAUCGCCCUUGAACGAGGC